UGGAAAAAUUCAUUUAAAGAGGAACAGACGUGUUCGUACGAAGAAGAGUUGCCACAUAUAUAAUGCAAGAGUUUGAAUUUCUUUAAUGUUUUGUAGCUUGUAAGCCCUUCACAAACGUCAAAAUAUUGUUCUGUGUUAUUUGUUCUAGUUAUGGGUGAAAAAAUUGUUGUAAAAGUGUUUUGCUUGAAAAGUAAACAAAUUAAGUUAUAUAUAUUGAUUUAAGCGUUAUUAUUUGCUAUUUUAAUAUAUACGCGAUAAAUUGUACCUUAAGGUGCCUGCUGUUGUGCACACGUUUGCAAACGUUUUCAUAGUAAAUAAUUGUAGCCGAUUCUUAACAAUUAAUUGCAUAUUGCGGCAAUUACGUUAUGGCUAAGCGCCCACAUACAGACGACGAAGAUUCUAAUCUUUUAAAUAUUGCAGAGUUUCAGCCAGUCAUCUCUCUGGGAAACCCUUUAACUGAUUACAAAAGGUUAAUGAGCGAGAAUGUGACAAUGGAUGAAUAUGUUGCUGAUGAAAUAAUAAAUGAAAAUUAUACGAAAAUUGCUGAGGCUACACAGAAAUGUAUUUGGGAACUGUUAUUUGCAGAAAACAAUUCAUCUAGUGAUAAUAACACAAAGGCUGCGGAGUUAUUAAAAAUACAUAAAACUGACUCCGCUUUUUACUGUCCAUGGGACUACAAUAAAUGGAUUUUGACCCUGCGUGAGGAAUUAUUAAAAAGAGAAAUGCUUGAGUUUUGGCGUAAUGUAAUAGUUAAGAAUGAACUUGGGCCUUGCUGGGCAAGAGACUCAGACUAUUUUGAUGAUAUGGAUGAUAAGGAACCUGAGGAGUUUUAUAAACGUGCUGGUUGCAUAGCACCAUUUUGUAAAGAAACAAGUAUAAAUAAUACAAAAAGCACACAAACCUUUUUGGACACAAAAACUGUUGAAACGCAGACAACUGGAGCUGGUAGAAAUGAUUCAUCCUCUGAAGCUUAUGUAGGCUCCAGCACUUCAAGUGUUGAAGCAAGUGAAGGUUUGGCUCCAACUGACGCUGCUAAUUCUAAUCACAACGACGAUUUUGAACCAGUAAUCUCAUUAGAAUCUCCUGUGGAAGAUUACAGGUCACUUAUAUUGAAUAAACUUCAAUUAAAUAUUACUUUAUCUGAAGACGAGUUAGAAGUAAAUUAUAAAAAAAUAGCAGAAAAGGCACGUGAAAUUAUUUGGGAGCUACUAUUCAUUCAAACACCUUUAACCAAUGAAAAUCAGUUAAAAGCAGCUGAGCUGCUUAAAGAAGUUAAAAGUGACGCUUGUUUUUAUGGUCCAGCAGAAUAUAAUAAUUGGAUUAUAACUGUACGCGAUGAGUUGCUAAGACAAAACAUGAUAGAGUUUUGGCGUGAUCAAAUUGUAAAAUUUGAAUUGGGUCUUUGCUGGGCUCGAGACUGUGAUUGGUUUGAUGAUAUGGACGAUUUAGAAUCUCUAGAGUUUUAUAACCAUGCCGGUUGUGAAGCACCAUUUAAGGAAGAAAUACAGAAUUCAGUUCAAAACGAUUACAAUAUUUUUUAAAUUAUUGAAAAGAACAGCCAUAUUUGUGAAUUUAAAUUAUUUAAAUUAUUAUUUACUUUAUUGAUUUAAAUUGAUAAUUUUACAAAUUUUUUUAAACUUAUAUAACCCAGUGUCUAAAUUGGCUUGACUUUGGCAAAAUUUUAUCAUAUACACGCAUUUUUUUACUAAUACAUAAUACAUAUUUGCCAAAAUUUAGCCAAUGCAGACGCGCUAUAAUUGAAUACUAUAUAUUGUAUUAACAAUUUAUAUAAUCUCUUAACGGCAUCUGUGCUCUUAGCAUUACAUUUAAUGACAUACAGCUAGAUAUACAUUAUACAUACAUACAAAAAUACUUAAGAAUAACAUAUACAUUUGUUAAACGUAAUCAAAGAACCCAAUGAUAUAUAAAAUAACUAUUUUGCUCACUAAACUAUUAAAGUGAAGAAAAACAACAAUAACGUAAAAAAUAAUUUAUUAUCUCAUAUCUU